AUCAUCUGUUGCGAUUUCUAAGCCUCAAACAAAUCCUGAGGUGGCUGGGGGGGUGACCGUGACGAGCUCUGGGGACUUAAAGCACUACAAAUGGCAUCUUAAUUCAGAACAUUCUUAAUUUGUGCCAGUCCAGUGCAGUAUUAAUAAGUCUAUCAGAUCGAACGAAAGAUCAGCAAUGGCAACUGUGGCUGCUUCAAGCUUUGCAUCAACAAGUACUUCACUAGCCAACUGUGGAGUAACUUCUGGAUCAGAGGCCAAAGCAAAACUGGGACGAAUGAAGUGCACCACGGCUCACGAAGGGUUAAGAUCCUUGAACCAAGUGGAUGAGCUGCGUAUCAAAAACAUGGCGAAAGUAACUGCCAGACGGGCUAGGAGUAAAACGUUUAAGAUUAGGGAUGCGAGGAAUUCAGGUAUCAUUGUUUGUGGAAGUGGGAUGAAUUUGAUAUUUGUUGGAACAGAAGUUGGUCCCUGGAGCAAAACUGGUGGACUUGGAGAUGUUCUUGGAGGUCUGCCACCUGCAAUGGCGGCCAAUGGGCAUCGUGUGAUGACAGUAUCUCCUCGUUAUGACCAGUACAAAGAUGCAUGGGAUACAGAUGUUAUAGUUGAGCUUAAAGUGGGAGAUCAAAAGGAAAAGGUCCGGUUCUACCAUUGCUACAAGAGAGGAGUUGAUCGCGUUUUUGUGGAUCACCCAUUGUUUCUUGAAAAGGUGUGGGGGAAAACUAGAUCCAAAAUUUAUGGCCCCGUUGCCGGAGAAGAUUACAAGGACAAUCAAGUUCGAUUCAGCCUUCUAUGCCAGGCAGCUCUAGAAGCACCAAGGGUUCUAAAUCUUAACAGCAAUCAAUAUUUCUCCGGAACAUAUGGUGAAGAUGUUGUGUUCAUUGCCAACGACUGGCACACUGCCCUGCUCCCUUGUUACCUGAAAAGUAUGUACAAGCCCAAAGGCAUAUAUAAAAGUGCAAGAGUUGCCUUUUGCAUUCACAACAUUGCUUACCAGGGCAGAUUUGGCUUCGCAGAUUUCAGACUUCUCAGUCUCCCAGAUGAAUUCAAAAGCUCUUUCGAUUUUAUUGAUGGGUAUGAAAAGCCAGUUAAGGGAAGGAAAAUUAAUUGGAUGAAAGCUGGAAUUUUAGAAUCAGACAAAGUUUUAACUGUUAGCCCAUACUAUGCCCAAGAACUUGUUUCUGGCGUUGAAAAGGGAGUGGAAUUGGAAAACAUCCUUCGUAAAACUGGAAUUACAGGAAUUGUGAAUGGCAUGGAUGUCCAAGAAUGGAAUCCGUUAACUGACAAAUAUGUAGGCGUCAAAUAUGAUGCUUCAACUGUGGUGGAUGCCAAGCCUCUUUUGAAGGAAGCCCUCCAAGCAGAAGUUGGAUUGCCGGUGGAUAGAAAAAUCCCCGUUAUAGGCUUUAUUGGUAGGCUUGAAGAGCAGAAAGGUUCAGACAUUCUUGUAGCAGCCAUUCCCCAUUUUAUCCGAGAGAAUGUGCAAAUAAUAGUCCUUGGGACUGGCAAGAAACCGAUGGAGAAGCAGCUUGAACAGCUGGAGAUAACAUAUCCUGACAACGCUCGAGGAGUGGCAAAAUUCAAUGUUCCCCUAGCUCAUAUGAUCAUUGCUGGUGCUGAUUUUAUAUUGGUUCCUAGCAGAUUUGAGCCCUGUGGUUUGAUUCAAUUACACGCCAUGCGAUACGGAACUGUACCCAUAGUCGCCUCAACUGGUGGAUUGGUUGACACUGUUAAAGAAGGCUUCACUGGAUUUCAGAUGGGAGGCUUCAAUGUUGAAUGUGAUGCUGUGGAUCCUGCGGAUGUGACUGCUGUGGCUACAACCGUGAAAAGGGCCCUCACAACCUAUGGAACUCCAGCUUUCACUGAGCUUAUAAAGAAUUGCAUGGCCCAAGAACUCUCGUGGAAGGGACCUGCUAAGAAGUGGGAGAAGGAGCUGCUGAGCAUGGGGGUCGAUGGAAGUGAACCUGGAAUCGACGGUGACGAAAUAGCUCCCCUCGCCAAGGAAAACGUUGCAACACCCUGAGACUUUCGAUCUAUAAGAAAUCGAACGUCUGUUCUCCUAGUAAACCUCGGACGACAGCAGAAAGCAUUCCAAAAACUAACACACAUGAUGUGCUCACUGCUACGGAUAGUCUAUAACAUGUCUUAUGCCAUCCACUACACUAAGGACUUCGCCAGGUGAAGCCCGAACAAAUCCCUGUAACUUGGAGAAUACAUAUACAAUAAGUAAAACCAUUGCUCGUUUCCAUUCCAAAA